UAACUACCGUCUAACAUUUUUCUAAACAUUGAUUUGACAUGUGAGAUUGACAAAAAUAUUCCUUACUUUCCUUCAACAUAUUGGCUUCAAUGAUAACCAACCGCUUCGCACCGCCGUCAACACUAACAAAAAUCUCUACAUAUACCUAUAUAUCUAUAUAUUUUUGUUAUUAUUUGAACUGCACUGCAUUUAUCCCGCUGUUGUCCUGCACGUUACCAUUCAGAGCCACUAUAUAACUUAUAAUACUAUUUUGUAAUAUAUAGAAUAGCAUACGGUUUUAAAAGUAUGAAUUUAUUAUAUAAACAUGCAAAGCUACUUGUCUAUUUUUAAAGGAUAUUUGCAUGUCUCUUAAAUUCAAAUAGUGAUACAUGUAUAAUAAUGUAAGAACAAUUAAAAAAACUGUUGACAAGUAUACUAUUCUAUUAAAUUCUCAUGAAUUGUAUGAGAUGUAAAUUACACAGUGGAAUUUGUAAAAAAGUUGUGUCAUAUAGCUGAUAAAAUAAAAAGGAUAACCAUAAUUGAUCUAAUCAACAUAAUAAUAUUUGGCACACUAGUUUAUGUGUGUUCAAUAAUUCAUGUAUGUUUUGUUGUACUGUCAUUUGUGUAACAACGAAACUAAUAUGAUAAGUUCAAAAUGUAAUAUAAUCAUAUAUUGUGAGUGAAAAAUAAUUAAAAUAUGAUUUUCUGUAAAUCAUAUAAAAAUGUUAUAUGGACUGAGUGUAAAUCACAAAUUUCAGAAAACCAUCUUUUCACAUUAUCAAAUAAGUAAAUAGUAUUUUUCUUAAAACUUCAGUACUAUAUACUACAUCAUAUAUAUUACUAUACUAUAUGUUGUAGGUUUGUACAAACCAUUGCAUUUUUAAUCAUACUAAAAUUUGAUAGAUGAAUCAACUUUAGAAUAAAUAUACUAAACAUUAUAUUCAAAAAUAUAAAUCAAAACAAAGAGUAAAUGUUUCAGUUAUAUAAAUAAUAAAAAUUUGAAAUUGUUGAAAGUAUAUAAAAAUAAAUUUGUUUUCUAUAGAAUAGUAGAAACAUGGUAUUAUGUAGAAUAAAACAUGCAUGUACAUAUUUGUAUUAGAAAUAUGUAUUUAUUUUAGAAUUAUGUAUUUAUUUUGAAAAAAAAAAAUUUGAAUGUUCAGAAUUAUUUCAUGUUUUUGAGUAAGAUCAAAAAGUUUAUUCUAUUUAUAAUAAAAAUUUGAAGUACAUAUAAAGAAAUAGAGGAUUUGAAAAUGAAAAAAAAAACAAAUAAAUGAAUAAAAUGUGUGGUAGUUAUUUCAAAUAGACUAUUUUAUCACUGAUACAUAAAUAUACAUAAUAUCAUACCUUAUACUGAUUGAUGGUCAUUUACUUAAAUAAGUUUUUUAUGGUCAUUUGAUAUAAUUUUCCACUAAAUUAUCGUUGAGGAACGCGCAAAUACGGUUUAAGUCUGCCUGCGAAUCAGUAGACGUCACCAUCGUCGUGUUCCUUUAUAGACCUCAGACGGACCAAGGCUAGUAUAACGCACCCAGUAAUAUAUACACCAAAAAAGCCUAUAAAUAUUGCCAUUUUCAACACUUACAAGUUAUAACAAACAAAAUACAUAACUAAUCAUUACAAGGAAACACUCAACAACAUGGAAGAGCAGAGCAAGAACAAGAUCAGUGAAGAAGAAAAACAACUUCAUGGGAAGCCAAGUCGAAGAAAGGGAGGAUUAAUUACCAUGCCCUUCAUCUUCGCGAACGAGAUGUGUGAGAAAAUGGCGGUGGUUGGAUUUCACUCAAACAUGAUAAGCUAUCUAACAACACAGCUUCAUCUUCCGUUAACCAAAGCAGCCAACACUCUCACUAACUUCGCCGGAACUUCGAGUCUCACUCCUCUCGUCGGUGCCUUUAUCGCCGACUCCUUCGCUGGCCGCUUCUGGACCAUCACUUUCGCUUCCAUUAUCUACCAAAUCGGGAUGACAUUGCUUACGAUAUCGGCAAUAAUACCGACGCUAAGGCCACCACCAUGUAAAGGAGAAGAAGUUUGUGUAGUAGCAGACACAGCACAGUUGAGUGUUCUGUAUAUAGCUCUUCUUCUUGGAGCUAUCGGGUCAGGUGGGAUCCGACCCUGCGUUGUUGCGUUUGGUGCGGAUCAGUUCGACGAGUCGGAUCCAGAGCAAACCACCAAACCCUGGAACUACUUCAACUGGUUCUACUUUAUCAUGGGUGCAGCGGUUUUAGUGGCGGUGACGGUUCUUGUGUACAUCCAAGAUAACGUUGGGUGGGGUGUAGGUUUGGGAAUCCCAACACUGGCUAUGUUCCUGUCUGUUAUUGCUUUUGUCGGCGGUUUCAGGCUUUAUCGUCACUUGCGUCCAUCGGGUAGUCCGUUUACCCGCUUGAUCCAAGUGGCAGUUGCAGCGUUUCACAAAAGGAAACUGAGUAUGGUAUCUGAUCAUACUCUUCUCUAUUUCAACGAUGAGAUUGAUGCUACUAUCUCCUUAGACGGUAUACUCACACACACCAAACACAUGAGUUUCUUGGACAAAGCAGCGAUAAAGACUGAGGAAGACAAUUUGAAGUCGGGUCAAAUCCCUAACCUAUGGAGAUUAAGCACAGUCCACCGAGUUGAAGAACUCAAAUCAGUGAUCCGGAUGGGUCCAAUCGGAGCCUCUGGGAUCCUCCUAUUCACAGCAUAUGCUCAACAAGGAACCUUCUCUCUUCAACAAGCCAAAACUAUGAACCGACAUCUAACCAAAUCAUUCCAAAUUCCAGCCGGUUCAAUGUCUGUCUUCACAACUGUUGCGAUGCUCUGCACAGUUGUCUUCUACGAUCGCAUCUUUGUAAAGAUUGCAAGAAAGUUCACUGGUCUCGAGCGAGGCAUCACGUUCCUCUACAGAAUGGGAAUUGGAUUUGUCAUCUCAUUAAUUGCAACCCUCAUCGCCGGGUUCGUUGAGAUCAAACGAAAACAAGUAGCAUUAGAGCAUGGACUUUUGGAUAAACCACACACGGUGAUUCCGAUCUCAUUUAUGUGGUUGAUUCCUCAGUACAGCCUCCACGGAAUUGCUGAAGCUUUCAUGUCGAUAGGAAGUUUGGAGUUUUUCUAUGACCAAGCGCCGGAGAGUAUGAGGAGCACGGCGAUGGCACUUUUCUGGAUGUCAAUUUCGAUUGGAAACUAUGCGAGUACUUUACUUGUGACUUUGGUUCAUACAUUCAGUGCUAAACCGGAUGGGAGCAAUUGGUUGCCAGAUAAAAAUUUAAACCAAGGGAGACUUGAGUAUUUUUACUGGUUAAUUACUUUGUUACAAGCUAUUAAUUUUGUGUAUUAUCUUUGGUGCGCCAAAAUUUACACAUAUAAGCCGGUUCAGGUGCAUCAUAGCAAGAAAGUCAAUAGUCCUGUUAGUGGUGAGUUACGGUUAUCCAAAAAGAACUUAGUUGAUGCAUGAGCCUAUAUAUUGAUUCUUGGGUAUAUAAUGUAAAAUCAAUUGUAAUAUUUAUAAAUAUAAUAAAAACUGAAAGACUUUGGCCAUUAUUAUU